GUUGGCUUCGUAGCCGGACUGUAGUUGUCUGCUACUCCCAUAGAUCAUAGUGUACUGAACAGUAAAGUGCUUGUCAACGAGUUUACUGAACUUUGAAGUGUUUUCAAUGGUUUUUUGAGGAAGUGGGUUCCAGGAGGCUGUAGAUAUCUGAUAACGUCGAUUAGUCAUAGACUAAUCUGACUGUCAACACAUCAGAUACAGGGUUAGAUCAGCUACAACCGACAAUGGAGAUGGAGAUGGAACCUAAGAGAAAAUCCAAGAGGUUUAACCUCUACCUGGCUGUAAUGGCAGCCAACGUUGGAGCCUUCUCGCUGGGCAGUCUGUACAACUGGACGUCCCCAGCCCUGCCCAAGCUGAGUGCAGCAGACUCCUGGCUGCCCAUCACAACCACACAGGCCUCCUGGAUAGGCUCUCUCAUCGGCAUCGGCUCCAUCUUCGGCCCCUUCAUCGGUGGAGUCCUGGUCGACACUGUCGGUCGCAAGGGCUCUAUGAUCUUGGCUGUGCUGGUAGGCCUGGUCGCCUGGGCCAUGUUAUACUUCACUACAGCUGUUUGGCACAUAUACAUCUCUCGUAUAAUAGGAGGUAUCGGUGGAGGCAUCGUGUUCACCUGUGUGCCUCUCUACAUCGCUGAGAUUGCUGAGGAUGAUAUCCGGAGUGCUCUGGGAUCAACCCUGAACUUCUUCUUCGCCUCAGGAUACCUCAUCGAGUACAUCUUCGGCCCAUGGGUCUCCCAUUGGAACCUCAUCCUCAUCUCUUGUGUUGCUCCAAUCCUCUUCUUCAUCAUGUGCCCCUUCAUCCCUGAGUCUCCAUACUACUACAUAUUGAAGGAUGACAUCGAAAACGCCCACAAAUCACUGAAAAAAUUGAGAACAGGUUGGCCGAAAAAGGAUAUUGAAAUGGAACUCGAAGUUAUAAAGGAGUCAGUCCAAGAAGCGAUGAGGGAAAAGGGCACACUGUUGGAGCUUGUGGCCACUCCGACCAAUAGGAAAGCCCUGUUGCUGUCCUGUGGUGCCAUGACAUUUCAACAGAUGAGUGGUAUCAACGUCGUGCUCUUCUACUCCGAGACAAUCUUCAACCUCGCAGGAGACAUCACUGUGGGAAGUUGGGUCAUCAAGUCCAGCAGUUCCACCAUCGUCGUGGCCGUCAUCCUCAUCAUCUUCGCCGGAGUCGCGAUGCCUCUGACCAAAAUGUACGGAAUCAGAAACAUGUUGAUCACUUCUGCUGCUGGAAUGGUUGGCUUCCAGACGAUCACAGGAUUCUGGUUCUUCGUCCAGUACCAAGGUGUCGAUGUGUCCAGUACGUCAUGGAUUCCUCUGUUCAACCUUGUCGGAUACGUAGUUACUUACUCUCUAGGUUAUGGUCCACUGCCAACAGCAGUAAAGGGAGAAGUGUUCCCUCCAAAUGUGAAGGGAAUCUCUUCAGCUGUGACUGUGGGCUACAGUUGGGGUCUUAGCUUUGUUAUCACCAAACUAUUCCCACACAUCAACGAGGUGUGUGGAAUGUUCACGGUAUUCUGGAUCUUCUCAGUGAGUUGUUUCCUCGCAACCCUCUUCUCCAUAUACUUGAUGAUUGACACCAGGAACCUGAGUCUUCAGGAGAUCCAGGACCUCCUCAACGGCAAGAGGAAGAAGAAGACACCUGAGCCUGUCAAGAAGAAAAAGUCCUGGUUCCCCAGAAAACAGGUGUUGGAUAUCAACACGAUUGCGUAGUGAACCUUGGACACUUACGGAACAAAUUAGUUUGGUUUGGAAUUGCAGGUACUAUCUUGUCAAGUUUUUCUCGAUGGAUCUAGUUUUUGUAUCUGAAUUACUUUUAGUGUUAACCAACGGACAGUUUAACAUUGUGGAUGUUUUCACGAUAAAAAUGGAAAAAAAUGGAUAAAUUGAAAUCAAUUCAGUACUGAAGAAAAAUAUUGAACUGAAAAUUGUACUGAGUGGUGAAAUUGAAAUUGUUAACGUUUCUUAUUUAAAGCUUCUUGAUUUUUCAGUCUGCAAUUGUAGGCAUUAAAUUAAUAAGCGCUAAUUAGAGAUAGAAAAAAUAUAAUAUACAAGUUAAAUAAAUACCACUCAUAGUUGUUAUGGAGGUAAAUAUAAGCCGCAGAAUUUGUUUAUUUUAAGACAAUAUUGAACACACAAAUAUUAUUCUUUAACUCAGAUAUUUCAUUCAAUAGUAUUUAACACUAAGUGGCAGAAGAAUGUGUUUUCAACAUUCCUGGUCACAUAUUUUUAUAAAAUAUGAAUUUUUCCCACAAACAAUUUUAAAAAACUACAUGAAUUCAGGUACAUCAGUAUUAUUUUGAAACAUGAAUCAACGAGAAAUAUUAGAAAAACUUAGUUAGAAAAUAAUAUAAGAUGUUUGUUUCAGUAAGGAUACUUAUUGAUUGUGAUUUAUUUCUAUGUGUAGCAUUAAGUAUGGAACACGUCAGUGCUUUAGCACAAGCUCAUUGAAUGUUCUUUAAAUUGUGUGUACCAUUGGUUGGAUAUUUUACUACAAGUUGUAACAGUUUAAACUGCAUGUAAAGUAAUGGAUUUUAUUUGCAAUUUUAAAAUGUUUAAAAAAGUUAAAAACAAUUUUAAAUUGUUUAAAAUUUAGAUAGGUAGUAACAUUGACACACAGUCAAUGGUAGUAAUAAGUUUUGUUGCAAAUAAAAUACAAAAGUGUGAUUAAAGAAAUAAUUUUAAAUGUUUUGAACAAAGUACCAAAAUGAAUCUCAAUGUCAACUGGCACAUAUCAUGUUUACAUAUCUAUUUAGUUAAAUUAAAAUUAUUAACAUAAAACUAAUUUCUCAAUUUUCUUCUUUGUGGAUGUACAGGGUUUUUGAAAAGGAUUCCUAUUCACACGUUUCAAAAUGUGGUAAAUGCCCUAAAAUUCUUUUAAAAAUAUUAACAAAAUAUGACAAUUAAUGUUUUACUAUAUUUUUCAUAAGCCUGUAGAGAAUGCUUUAAGUUUGUAAAGAUUGAAUUGUUGGUGACAUAUUUUAUACGAUCCUAGUUUUACAUAACACAUUUUAUACGUUCUUUAUACAGUAGGACAGAAGGGUAUAUUUUGUAUAUAGUCAACUUUUUUAUUGCAUUAAUCAAAAAGUUCAUUGUGGUCUAGGAUGUUGUUUGUUGUGUUAUUAUAUUUUAGUAACUUAGACCUUUUUAAAUUAUUCUCAUUGCUUGCAUUCUUUUGUUACAUUACUAAGGAGAGAAGCAGGUUUUUAUAUUCUACUAUUUCUUUUUUUCAUUCAAAAAAGUCCAUUUUUAGAGCAUUCUAAAAAUUACAGAGCUUCGACUCUAAAAAAAAAUCCAAAAACCAUCAAUUAUUUUCCACGCUGUAAAAAAACAGUUAUGAAAAGGAAAAUGUUUAAAUUUGAUAUAUUUUACGUAUUCGACUUAUUCUUUCUUUUUUAAAGAAAAUAUAUUUAGUAAUGAACAAGUGUAAAGAAUGUAAGUUAUCACAAGUUUGAUUAUUUUCUAUUUAGAAAACAUUUAUUACCAUUAUACCUAGUUUCAUUGUAUCGACAUCUACCAAUAAACCUGUUGUUUUAUCAAUUGUAACUCAUUAUGUUAAACAUCACCUGUGAUGAAGUGGUGCUUUCGCAUUCAAGUUUCUUUUAGUGUAAAUUUUACACAUUAAGGACAUUGUAAAUAUAAUAUUUUGUUGUCACUUUAUACCUUUGUUAGCUUUUGUAAUUGUCAACUCAUUAUCUAAUUGUAAAAUUUCGGUAUAUUUAUGAGUUAUAUUUUAAUUAAAUGAUGAUAUUUCA